GCUGGUGAUGACAAUGAUGUCCGGCACUCUUGGGUCUUGAGGAGUGUUUAUCUGUCUCCUCUCCGCUAGUGUGUGUCCUCUUCUCUCCUCACAACAGGACAAUGGCUCUUCAGGGAGGACAGGGAAGGCACGGUGGACAAGAUGAUCAAUUUAAGCCUGUGUUCACCCAAGAGGAAUUGAGGGUCCUGAGGGAGUGCAAUCGUGAAUCCUUCUAUUUCCGCUCUGUUCCGCUGGCUGUUGCUUUCUCCACCGCCGCUACCUUAGCCAUGCGCAAAGGUAUACUCAAAACCAGCAGCAGGUUUGGCUACACCCCGAAGAUCAUUGGUGCCGUUGCUGCUGGUUACUUUAUAGGCAAGCUGUCGUACCAGAAUGCUUGUGCAGAGAAGAUCAUGCAGCUUCCCAACAGUCCCCUUGCAGAAGCCCUCAGGAAGCGGAAGGGAAGGAUUGGCUUUCAGGAGACAUUGGGAAUGGAGGCUGGCUUCACCCUUGGCCCAUCACAGACUGAGGGCGAGGCAUCAACUGAACCAAUAUUUGAUGACCACCGCCCAGACCUGAGGGACCACAAUGAAAGCCUGGAUGACUACCACCGUGGAGUGACUGAAUCUCUGAGUCCCUACACUGAUCAGUCUACCACUGCUGCAUCUCCUCCCACGUCUUACCAAGAACUGCGACGCAAGAAUCGAGAGGAUUACGUAAAUAAGAUGGCUGAAAGAUACCGCAGGCCUUCCCCAGGUGAAGGUCCUCAAGAUAUUCCUCCUGUGCCACCACCACCACCUGCUCCUCCCUCCAAUGUGCCCAGACCAGUCAGGAAAAAUCAGUAUGGUGAUGAUGUGUAUGAGUGAAAUAUCCCAUUCUCUCUCUAUCUCUCUCUCUCUUUCUCUCUUUCUCUUUCUCUUUCUCCUUUUGCCUUUGUGAGUGGUUGAGUGACUAGAUAAUGAGAGGAGAGGGAGAGAAAUAGAAAGAAUUUCAGUAUUAAGUGCCUAAUAUGUAUACUCAGAAAUGUAUCAAUGUUUUUAUUAUUAUGGGUUUUAAACUGUCAGGAUGUGCUUGUCUCUCCAUGAAGGUGCAAGGACUAAAACUUCAAUUUACUCUUGAGGGACUGCCAACAUUCUCUCUCUCUCUCUCUCUCUCUCUCUCUCUCUCUCUCUCUCUCUCUCUCUCUCUCUCUCUCUCUCUCUCUCUCUCUCUCUCUCUCU